AUGAUCGUCCAAUUUGCUACUAUCCAACUCUGGUCCGCCAUUACCGGGACCCGACCCGGCGUCUUGCUUCCACAGAACACCUCUCUACCUGACAACUCCUCUCAGGGCAAGCGCAAACAAAAUCCCACUUUUCAGAGUGAUCUUCCGAAGCACAUCCCCGUAACAGACCUUCCGGACUCGGUCUGCUAUCGCGACAUUGAACUCUUCUAUCUGCGCGACCCUCAGAGCAAACGUGACGUUCUCUGUGCGGUCAUAGAGUUUCGUAACCUUAAAGGUCGGCCGGAAGGUGCUGAUGGAACCAAAUUUUUCAUGCACGGCGAUUAUCAACUGGCAUAUUGUCCGAUCACUCAAAUCAUUUCUUUCGCUUUUCGUGAUGGAGCGUUUGUUAAUACCGACCUCACACCGGAGCUUAUAUGGCGGCUCCGAGUUCCAAAACGCAGUUCCUCCCUCCCGCUCCGCUGGAAGACCGAGGUUCUUAACACCCCCCUCCUUCGGCGUUUUGAUCGCACGACGUGUGGCUAUGAGCUUCAUCCGUCGUUGCCGAUGACUUAUGAGUCAAGUCGACGGGCACUUAAAGAGUUAGGUCGAGAUGCUCGAUUCGAAGACGAUAUUGGACAUUACAACUUUCGCCGUUGGGCUGCAAAUGAAGUCAAUCGGAAUUUCACUAGCCAGGAGCGGCAGAGGGUGCUUGGUCAGUCGGGUGACGCGGUUUUUGAAAAACAUUACCAGUCGCAGUUCAUUGCACGCGAUCUCCAACAUGUUGUUCUCCUUCGACCGCCUCAGGAGGGUUUAUUGCGCGUCGCUGGCAGUAUGCUCAGGAAGAGGGAUCCUUUAGCGCCGUCCGAGCUUACCGAUACACAUAGACGUGCUAUUUGCCGACAUCCGGAAAUGCUGGAGUUGAAACGAGAGAAGAGAGAGCUUAUGGCUGAGAUGCGAUCUCUGGCCGGCACUGUGAAGAAUGCCGAAAAGCCCUUUCCACACCUUUAUCAACGGCACAAAGCUGUCGACAGAGAAAUGACCAAGCUUCGCAAGACUUUGGCGACCGAUACUCGAGAGACGGCCAGAAAGGAUUAUUUCCGUAACGCACCUGUCUUCGAAGUCGACCGACAGAUCAAACAGCUUCUUGGCCAGCCUGGUGUUGAAUCAUGCGAUGCGGAUAGUUCUGACGAUGAGGACUGGGAGUUGCCUACCCCGAAGUACGUUUUUCUUGAACGAGCUCGCCUCGUGGAGAACUUUUACGGAUCUGAAGCGGAGAAUUAUGACGAGGACAAGCUGCUCGCGCGUCGCAUCCAGGUUACCAAGGACAUGGUUGCGCUCCUUGGGCUCUGCGAGCCGAGCAGGCGGGGCAAUCGUGUUGAUUGGAAAUUCGACAGCGAGAGUGAUGAGCCAUCAGAACAGCCACAGGAAUCCUCGCCUCCUGAAGAAGACAGUCAAAAAUGCCCAACAGAUGUCUGCAUCAUUUGCUAUGGUAUAUCCCGUCGCUCGGCGUCAAACCCUCCUCCGCAUAGAUUUCCUGCCAACCGUCCAGACUCUCUUCGUCGUCAUCUCAUCGACUCUCAUCUGUGUUAUGCACACAACGGAAUCAGUUGCAACUGGGAGGCUUGCCGCAAUCGUCCCAGAUUUGCCAGUAUCACCGGGUUUCUGGCCCACGCCAACAAUGAACACAAGUACGAUAUCAAGAUUAAAUUGUGUCAUCUCCCCAGAAUGCCACAGUUUAGCCCUAGCGGUGGUCCGUCCAGAGACGCGUCUACGGAGUCAGAGACUCGGCAAGGCACCGAAACACCCGCCUCCUCUCUCGAUUUCGACAUGGCAAAUAUUGACCCUCGGUUGAUGGAACCAAGUCCUAUCACAGUCAUGGAGCCACCAACCUGCCCGCCAAGCACUGAAAUUCCCGCCUCCUCUGCUGGAUAUCCAGUGGCUAGCACCGAUUCAAACCUGACGGAGAUUUCUACAGGGCGAAUGACGAGGGGAGCAGCAAAGGCAGCAAAUCUAGAACCUGGUCCUCAGCUUCCAUCACAGCAUGCGACGCGCUCGUCUCGAAAACGCGGGCCCCCAGAAGAGCAGCUUGGUGGGGAGCAGAAGGGAAAAGGGCGACCAGGCAAAAUGAAAGCGUCCACUAUUAAACCUACGCCUCGUCGGUCAAAGCGAUUACGAGCUCGGUGA